AUGUCUGCAGAUCUUGAAUUAAACCUCCUCCCAAUUAUCAAAAUAAUUAUCCCUCAUACAAAAUCCGAGUCUGUUGAUGAUGAUACUCGCGAAGAAGAAAUUGGACAAGAUUUAGCUUCUUGCUGCACACCAAAAUCUACGAUCCCGGCGGCCCUCAUCUGCCCGCCGGCGCCCAGAAAGCCUCCGCCGGAAAAACGCCGGCGUUGGUGUAAGAGGAAAUCGAUUGUCGGUACAGAAGAGUUGGAGACCUUUUUCAAAGUGGCCGAUCAAAGGAUCAACAUCAGGAGACGUCUACUGAUUGUUAUUAUACAAAUCGCACAUGGCCUUGUGCGAUGUCCCACCCUCCUUCAAGGCCUCCAUCGCACUCCUUCUCAAACGCCUGACCUUCUCCCUCACAACAACUUGACCCUCUCCCAUCAGCCCCCUCACGAGCCCCUCCACCUCCUCCCCGCCCACCACUCCCAACGACACCCGCAGUGCCAACCCUGCCUCCUCCGCCAGCAACGCCGCAUUCAUCCGCUGCUCCGAAUACAGCGGCCACGCCACCAUCGGCACUCCUCUCGUUACGCUCUCCAGCGUCGAGUUCCACCCGCAGUGCGACACAAACCCUCCCACCGCCCUGUGCUCCAAGACAGCCGCCUGCGGGACCCACCCUGCCACCAGAAACCCCCUGUCCCCCACUCUCUCUUGAAACCCCUCCGGCAGAAAAUCAAACAUCUGCACAGAGCAGUGCCCGGUACUACUGUCGAAGAAGGCGCCGUCCGCAGAUCCCCCGCUCGGCGGCCGCACAACCCACACGAACCUCUGCCCGCUCAGCUCCAGCCCUCGAGCCAGCUCACGCGUCUGAUCCUCAGACAGAGUACCCCCGCUCCCGAACGACACCAACACAACCGACUCUUCCGGUUGACGGUCUAA